UUUUAUUUUCAUUUCACUACUUUUAUAGAUAUUACAGGAAGUUGCCGCAAUCUUGCCACAUGAAGAUAGGAUGGUGAUGCUUGAUGCUAUUCAAAGAGUAGCUAGAGAGGCGUCGCGACGCUUGAGAAGAAUCAGUUGCCCGGAUUCAUCUUCAACAGGAUCGCCAAGACAGACUUACAGAGCCAGGUCAGAAUCCAGCCUUUUCGAUUCGCCGGACAGACUCUCACCUAGUACGAGGCAGAGAAGAAUCAUAGCUGAACAUCAGAGACAACUUCAUCGUGAAAUGGAGGAAAUGCAAGACACGCUUACACGUGGUUUUCGGUCGAGGGACCUUUUACCGUCCUGCGAUGUAUCAUCAUUGGCCUCUUGGUCGUCAUCCCUCGGAUCCAUUGGCAGAAAUAAGCUCAGGAGAAAUCGGAUGCCUGCUUGGGAAUAUGUUCGAGGUCCAUCACCCAUGUGGGAUACUGUCAGUAGCGAUGGCAGCUUCACAAAAUGUAAAUCCGAGGAGAUGAUCAGCCGCGAAGAUUCACCAAAAUGGAACGUCGUGAAUAAUCGACGAGCAAAGGACGAUACAGAUUUUCGUUUACCUACUUGGGAUCAUUUGGAAGCGACGCUCAAUCAAAAGUUGUCACGUUUUGAAAAUUUCGAGCCUGAUUCCCUAGAGACGAAUCGCGACGUGGGAAUUGAUUAUUUAAUGACGACAAACGCUAGGAAAGAGAUGUCCCAGGAAAUGAGGGCUGUCGAGAAAUGGAGUACGCCUGUACUGAAACAGGAUCAAGAUAUGUCCUUAAGAUUGAGUCUGCGAAAGAAUUGAACUUGAAAUAAGGAAUGGUGGAAAACUUUCUUAAUAUAUAUUCCUUUUUUAAUGUUGUGAAAAUAAAUCUUAGCGUUCACAAUAGCAAGCUAAUGUUUAAAAAAAAAAAACUACUACCUUGGGACAUCACAGCGUUGGAGUUCUUAUCUAAUCUAACCUAACAAAAAUUUUCUAACCCCAUCACAAAUACUGGAUGCUUGACAUUGAAAAACAGUCCUCAAAAUAGCGAUUUCGUAAAUAAAAUCGUCCCCAAAGUAUCCCCUAGCAAAAAAUAUAAAUUGAUGCACAUAUGCGGUAAAUAUUUGUAACCUAUAUAUUAAAUAUAUACAUAU